AUGGGCUACAACGGCAAACCAAGCCAAGGCUGCGAGACCUGUCGCAAGCGCAAAAUCGGCUGCGACAAGCUCACCCCAAGCUGCACGCAAUGCAAUCGAAGCGGCCGCCCCUGCCCUGGGUACAGGGACCCGCUGUCGCUGCACUUCCGGGACGUGACAGAGCAAGUGAUGCGGAAAGAGCAAGCGCGCACAUCAGAGACGCCCGAGUCGUCGUCGUCGUCGUCGGAGCACAGUCCUGACACUAGCACAAACACAAUCGUUCGCAGGCGAGCUGGAUCUCGAAAGACCCACGCGUCAGCGCGAUUAUCUCGCAACGCUUCCCUAAUCGAGACGGGUGCCGGGGCUGACCCACCUCCCCGGGCCGAUGUGGACAUGGACCAGGACACGGUACAUAAUUUCGUGUACUACCCAUUCGUAACUGGGCCGUUGGUUCGACCGACGAAAGAGGAGGCUGUUUGCUAUUUCCUGCACGCGCAUGACUUUCCCGGGAGUCCGUUUAUCACGCGAAAUGUCACGACCCUUAUUUCGGCGAGGAAGUCGCUCGGCCAGAGGGCACUGGAGAGUGGGAUUGCGGCUGCUUCGUUGGCGUUAAUGUCACGGGCGCGCGAUGUGCAUGCCCUGAGGUAUACUGCUUGUCAGGAGUAUGUGACUGCGUUGAAGCUGGUUAAUCGUACGCUGGCUGAUCCGAAGGAGGCGAAGACGGAUCAGGCUUUGGCGGCUGUUACUAUGUUGGCGCUAUAUGAGGUAAGAGGAUCUGAGAUUUAUAAAGGGUCGAGACUGACUUUGACAGUUGAUCUCGGCGAGGAGACCGCGGGGACUGGAUGGAUGGAAGAAUCAUAG